AUGUCGAGCGAGGAGAGCUACUUGGCCAUCCUGCGCUACUUGACCAACGAGCGCGAGCCUUACGCGCCGGGCACCGAGGGCAACGUCAAGCGCAAGAUCCGCAAGGCCGCCGCCUGCUAUGUGGUGCGCGGAGGGACCCUUUACUACCAGCGCCGGCAGCGGGACCAGCAGCGCUUCGCCGAGCUCGAAGUGGUGCUGCAGGCCGAACGUCGCGGCCGCCUCAUUCGGGCAGCCCACCUGGAAGCGGACGGCUCCCACCGGACCCGCUUGCAGACUUGGCAGCGCCUCUCCAGGCGCUAUUGGUGGCGAGGUAUCCUGAAGCAAGUUAAAGAUUAUAUUAAAGAAUGUAGCAAAUGCCAGGAAAAAUUAGAUCGUUCUAGAUCGUUGUCAGACCCUUCUGAAAUGUUGGAAGAGCUAGGAUUAGAUGCAAUAUCUCAUGAAGAUAGUAAUGAAACAGAUGAUGAAAUAAAUAAUUCCACAUCACUGCCAGCAGCAUCACCAAAACCAGUGAAAAAGAAACCAAUAGCCAAGCAUGAACUUGUAUUUGUUGACAGUAAAGGUCUCGUGAAACAAUCUUCUCCAAAACAUUCUCAAACAAUUUUGAAUCAGUUGAACCAACAGCGGCUUUCUAGUCAGUUCUGUGAUGUUACCUUGCUGAUUGAGGGAGAAGUAUACAAAGCACACAAAUCUAUUUUGGCAGCCAACAGUGAAUACUUUAGAGAACUUUUUAUUGAAAAGGGAGCUGUUUCCAGCCAUGAAGCAGUAGUAGAUCUUUCAGGAUUUCGGAAGGCCAGUUUCCUCCCUUUGCUAGAAUUUGCUUACACUUCAGAAUUAAUUUUUGAUUUUUGUAACAUGGCAGCUGUAGCUGAGCUAGCUCAGCAUCUUCUCAUGACAGAGGUCUUGGAAAUCUGUGAAAAUGUACACAAACAGAUGGAAGAUAAACAAAUCACCGUAUACCAGAAAGGAGAUGUUCAAAUAGUAGAGGUAGCUCAAACUAUUUUAGAGCAGAAUGAAAAUGAAGCUAAUCCUGUUGCCAGCACCGAGCAAGCAAUAUCUACUGAAGAUCCAGUAGCAACUGUGAAUGGAACAGCUUCAAAUACCGAGGCAGAAGAGAUGACUGUAUCUGAAACUGCAUUACAAAGUGUUUCAGAGCCUCUUGUGAAGAAUCCUCCUGAGCUCCCGGUGCAUACUCCUGCUCUGGAAACAAUAGAGAAUGAAGAGAAAGCCCCAGAGAUGGAAUGUUCCACAAAUCAAACUAUAACUGUGGUGCAAACUGAGCCUUCAGUAGCAGAGCAAGUUGUUGUUAGUAGUCAGGCUGAAAAUGAAGCUGAUAAAAAUAUAAAUGGAGAUCAAAAUGUGAACAGUGAACAUAAUGUGAGCAACGAAACAAAUGCAGAAGUUGCUGCUGAGAAUUCCCAGGAAGGACUUAAGCGAAAACGUGGUAGGCCUUGUAAAAUGCAGGAUAUUCCACAGUCACAAUCAGAGACCACAACUUUUAGUCAAGACGAUACUUAUAAAAGCAAGCUUCGCCAGCGAUCUGUUAGUGAGGGUGGCUAUAUUCGACUGCACAAAGGUACUGAGAAAAAACUACAGAACAGAAAGCCAGCCCUCAAAUCAGCUAUUCAGCAGGUUGCUAUGAAGCUAGUGCAAAGAGGCAAGAAAAUGAAGCAACCCAAAAGAGAGAUUAUAGAAGACACUGAGGCAGAAGCUCAACAUAAAUGCAGUGAAUGUGGCAUGGUUUUCCAGAGACGUUAUGCUCUUAUAAUGCACACACUGAAGCAUGAAAGGACGAAAAAUUAUAAAUGCCCACUUUGCAAAAAAGAGUUCCAGUACGGUGCUUCACUGCGCGCUCACCUUGUUCGUCAUACCCAAAAAAAUGAAGUGACUGUUGCAACUGCUAAUACAGAAGACAGUGGUGCUGCCAGGAAGGGAAGAACUAAACGAGAAUUUAUCUGUGAUAUAUGUGGAAGAAGUUUGCCUAAACUUUAUUCUUUGCGAAUCCAUAUGUUGAAACAUACAGGUGUAAAGCCACAUGCAUGUAAGAUUUGUGGAAAGUCAUUUACCUACAAACAUGGUUUAAAGAUGCAUCUUGUGUUGCAUGAGGCACAAAAGCAGUUUAAGUGUGAGUUGUGUGACAAGUCCUUUGUCACAAAAAGAAGCCUUCAGGAGCAUGUAAGCAUUCACACAGGAGAAUCAAAAUACUUCUGUUCACACUGUGGAAAAUCUUUUCAUAGAGCUUCAGGGCUUAGUAAACACUUAAAGAAACACCAGCCCAAACCUGAAGUCCGUGGCUAUCGAUGCAACCAGUGUGAGAAAAGUUUCUAUGAACCUCGGGAUCUCCGCCAGCAUAUGAACAAACAUCUUGGAGUGAAACCUUUUCAAUGUCAGUUUUGUGGGAAAUGCUACAGUUGGAAGAAGGAUUGGUAUUCUCAUGUAAAGUCACAUUCUGUUACUGAUCCAUACAGAUGCAAUGUGUGUGGCAAAGAGUUCUAUGAAAAAGCUUUGUACAGGAGGCAUGUUAAAAAAGCCACUCAUGGGAAGAAAGGGAGAGCAAAACAAAAUUUGGAACGUAUUUGUGAACAUUGUGGGAGAAAAUUUACCCAGCUUCGGGAGUACAGAAGACAUAUGAACAACCAUGAAGGUGUUAAACCUUUUGAGUGUCUAACUUGUGGUGUUGCAUGGGCUGAUGCACGUUCCUUAAAACGUCAUGUAAGGUCACACACUGGAGAAAGACCUUAUGUGUGUUCAAUAUGCAAUGAAGCCUACAUAGAUGCCCGUACCUUAAGAAAGCACAUGACUAAAUUUCAUCGGGAUUAUGUACCUUGUAAAAUCAUGCUGGAAAAGGACACUCUUCAGUUUCAUAAUCAGGGGACUCAAGUCGAACAUGCCAUCAGUAUUUUAACCUCUGAUGUGCCAGAACAGGAAACAGAGGUCUGUACCGAAGAGAUCGAGACUGUAGUAAUCACUGAAGAAACACUUGACACUGUUGCAGCUACUGAAGAGUGUUCAACAGUUUCUACUCUUUCUGACCAAAGUAUCAUGCAAGUUGUCAAUUAUGUAUUAGCACAACAGCAAGGACAGAAAGUGGCAGAGGUUACAGAAGCUAUUCAAACAGUAGAAGUAGAAGUACAGCAUGUUUCUGAUCAAGACUGAAUACAAAUAUUCAUUAAUGUAGAACCCUGGCAAAAUGGCAUUGAAUUAACAAAAUAUUAACAGUUUGGCUGGACUUUUAUAGUAAUUUCAGGAUCCUCUUCUGAGUUUUGUGAAAAAAACAUACAUCUGUAAUUAAAAAGUAAAUUCACCUGAUAAGUAAUGGACUUGCCCUAAGACUACUGCACCAGAUGUAAAUGCUUAGUUUAAAAAAAAAAUCCUGUAAAAUAAAACCAUUUACGUGAUGGUGAUAGUUACAAUUUAA